GAGAAAACACAAACACGCACACACGCGCACACACGAGCAUUCCAGGGCCAGAGGUCGCUUGCGUGGCUUUUCUGAGUGUUACGGCGCGCUCCUCCUGCCCCCGCGCGGCGCGGGCAGGGACCCACCGGUUCGCUCCGCACCAGCAGCGGAGACCUGACCCUAGGGAGCGGGACCCCGCGGUCCCGACGCUCUGCUGGGUUCAGGCUACAGGCCCGUAUGGAGGGGACUGCAGAGUCCCAGACGCCUGAUCUGCGAGACGUGGAGAGCAAGGUGGGCAGGAAGACCCCCGAAGGGCUGCUCCGCGGGCUUCGAGGGGAGCGGGAGCCGGGACCCUCCGGCACCCUGCUGCUCCCGGGGGCGCCGAGCUCGGGCCAUGGCCUGGGGGACAAGAUCAAGGCGCUGAAGAUGGAGCUGGCUUACCUGCGAGCCAUUGACGUGAAGAUCCUACAGCAGCUGCUGACUUUGAAUGAGGGCAUUGAGGCGCUCCGCUGGCUGUUGGAAGAACGGGGGACAUUGACCAGCCACUGCAGCAGCCUCACCAGCAGUCAAUAUAGCCUGACGGGUGGGAGCCCAGGCCACUCAAGGAGAGGCAGCUGGGACAGCCUGCCAGACGUCGGCUCCACUGACCAGCUGGACAGUGUCUCCAUUGGCAGCUUCCUGGACACCGUGGCACCCCCUGAGCUGGAUGAACCGGGCAACCUUAGGGCUCCCCAUCCUGAGAUGGACUGGGCAAAGGUUAGACCUGGUGGGGAGAGGGCCAGGACUGAGUUGGACCUGGCAGCCACCAAGCUAGGGAGCUUGAGGCCUGUGUGGAAGCCCCCAAAGGCGGGGCUCCAAGGUGGGCCUCCUGAGCCACCAGAGGAUGAAAAUGCCGAGCUGGGCUUUGAGGUCCACUGGUACUGGGGGCAGUGCCAGGAUGAUGUGACCUUCCUGUAACCACAUUUCCACCCUUUU